AUCUCUUUCUCUCUCUUGUUCUCGUUUCUUCUUCCUUUUUCUUUCUCUUUCUUUUUCUCCUCCAUUCUUUCUCCUCUCUCAAUUCACGGCAACAAGGACGGCAGGUCGGCAACGAGUACGGCUUCCAUCUUUCUCCUCUCAUUUCUUCCUCAAACCCAUGUCUUAGAACCCUAGCCCCAAACUCACGGCAACAAGGACGGUAAGUCGGCAACGAGGACGGCGACGAGUACGCCUUCCAGGUUGAUUCAUGGUGUUGAUCCAUCGAAUCAAAAUACACUGAAUGGUCGCCGCUGAGUGAUUUGAACUAAUUUAUGUGCAAUUAUUGUGCCUAUAAUCGCAUUAAUCGCCGCUAGUAUUUGGAUUUAAAUUCGCUGCCUUUGAGUUAUAUCUUGCCUGUAGAACUGUUGAAGAUUUUCCAUGGACAACAUAGUAGAUUCCUUGAGUAGCGCGUAUCAGGAGUUUAUUGCAGCAGCAGCUGGUGUUUUAGAGGCAAAAGAAAGUUCUGGUGGCCAAAAAACUCCAGCUACUGAUGCUGCACUCGAAAACUUUAAGCAGCGGUGGGAAUUGUUCAGAGUUGCUUGUGAUCAAGCAGAAGAGUUUGUGGAAUCUGUGAAGCAAAGAAUAGGAUCUGAGUGUCUUGUGGAUGAGGCCACUGGUUCGGUCGCUGCUAAACCAGGGCAGCCUGUUACAAGUGGUCUUCCACCUAUUAGUGCUGUUCGCUUGGAGCAAAUGAGUAAAGCUGUUCGAUGGUUAGUGAUUGAAUUGCAACAAGGAUCGGGGGCUGGAGGCGGUGCUUCACACGCCAACACUAAUGCUCCUUUUGAUGCUAGAUUUACUGAAGAUGCUGCUCAAUAGGGACAGGAGCCUCCAUCUCAUUGUCGUGUUGCUAGGCAAUUGAAAGUCGGUCGAGUUAAUCCUCAGAUUGUAAAGAGCAGGGAAUUUCAAUUUCACUUCAUUCGAUGUCUGUCAUAGAUGAUAAUAUGGUCAAGAAUGGAGUUCACGCUCGUGUGUGGUAGUUUAGAGCAAUACACUACAUCUCUAUAAUAAAAAUAUCAAUUGAAUAUAAAA